UUCUAGACACUUUUUUCAAAAUAAAAUUUUAAUUCGCACAAUUAAUUUUUUGCUUUAAUAACAUUCAAAUUUUAUUUUGCGUUAAAAAAAUAUAGAACAAUUAAAAUGUUGUCCAUUUCAAAACAAUUGGCAAAAACUACGUCUGUAGUUUUAUUAAAUAAAACGGCGACUACUAGACGUUUCUAUAAAGGUGGAGUUCCCGGCUGUAAUCUACCUUUUCGCAAAUCCAUGGAUAAUCCCAUGAGAUUUACAGCAUUCUUUUUAUUGGCUGGUAUUAUUGGUUUCGGAGCUCCCUGGCUGGUGGUAAUGCAUCAAAUGUUAAGACCCUAUGAUUAUGUAGUGGAUGAAUAAUUUGCGAAUAAUUCUAAUAUUUUUUUAAUAAAAUUUAAUUAAUCGGUUCUUA